AUGAGUUCCAUGGAGGGAAGUGUCAUGAAGUACCCAGAGCCUGCAAGAGGGAGCACCGAAGCCAGCAGUGCUAAGACGUCAUGGCCGGAGGUGGUCGGGAUGUCCGCCGAGAAGGCCAAAGAGAUCAUCCUCCGGGACAAGCCCGAUGCCCAGAUCGAGGUCAUCCCGGUCGAUGUGCAGGUGACCCAGGACUUAAAUCUCAACCGUGUCCGCAUUGUCGUUGCCGUUGCCCGCACCCCUAUGGUUGGCUAG